GGUAGUCCAAAAUGUGUUGUGAUUGGUUAGAUUCAGGGGCGCCCCUUCCGCGACUUCUUGUUGUUUGUCUUCAGUUUUACUGUUUUAAUUAAAGUAUUAUUAGUAUAACUUACUUCAGCAACAGUUGUGAAACGUGUUGGCUCCAGAAGCAUCUUUUUAAAUUACUCGUUACAAGAUAUUUACACACUGUUGUGAUAGCGUUAGCCUUAUUAGCUUAGCAGGCUAACCUCCCAUUGAAACCACGAUAGUUAGAUUCCGAGGAGCGACCAACGCUGCAGCAGUGACACCAAGAGACGAGGAACUUGGAUAUUUUCCAGGAUCUAUUACAUCUAAUAUUUAGUGAAAAAGGGUGCCACAUCCUUAAAUGUGGUUUAUACCGCUAACUGAUAAAUCAUGAACUGCCCACCCACAAAGCGUUUCCGAGGCCUAAACCAGGAUUCUGUGACAGCAGUCGGCUUGGAUGACCCUUUUGGAGAUGACGACGAAUUCACCCAGGAUGACUUGGAUGAAAUAGACGUCAUCGCCUCGCAGGCCUUCACCUCGGCAUUAUCGGCGCCGGCGUCUAAACCCGUAUCCAAACCGAAGGACCAAGCGCGUGGGUCCACCUGGCCAUCCUCUCCAGGGCAAAACAGAUCUGCAACCAACCAGAGCAAAGAGAACAAGUCUGGGGCGUACAGAGGAAACGCUGCAAAAGACGGCAGGGGAAAGCUUGAUAACAUGCAGCAGCAGUUCGGGUCAGACAGAGAAGACUCCUACAGGCUUCUGGAGGCCCAGCAUGCAGAGCUUAAGAGGAAGUUAAAGGAGGUAGAAGAGGAGAUUCUGUUGAAAAGCGGCGAGAUCCGUGUCCUGAGGGACUCUCUAAAAGCGACUCAACAAGAAAAAGAAGCUCAGAGACAAAACCAGGUUUUGCUGGAGACUCAGCGGCAGAAGGAGCAGAGUGACAGGGAGAAGGAGCUCAAUAAGAAGCUUCAAUCUCUGCAGUCGGAGCUCCAGUUCAAAGAAGCAGAAAUCCAUGAGAUGAAGACCAAACUUCUCAGUUCGGACAAAAACAAGACAGCAUCUCCUCUGGCUAGGAAUAGCCCUAAAGUACUCAGCACUCUCACCCAGAUGCAUCAAGCGAGUGGCAGUUCCUCUUCCUCUCCAAUCGGAAACGGCUUUAUCACCAAGGAGGAAUUUGGAGCCGAGAUCUCCUGCCGAACGAAGCCAGUAAAAACUCUGAGAGAUGCAGCAGACGGCAGAUCAAGCAGCAGAGCUGGCGAUGGACUGGAAACAUCUUAUCCAGACCCCUUCCUGUCUUCUGGACCUGCACGGAGGCAGCACAAAGAUGGCGUCCUGCUUGGCGAGCUGUUGCUGCAGCCGUCGCAUCUCUGCAGCCUUGGCCUCUCCCACCUGCUGUCAAUGAGUGCGGCUGAAUUCAGUCAGCUGUCGACCGGCCCUCAGCUCCCCUCUGAUCCCCUAGAUGGUGGCAGCGCUGCUGGAGCCCCCAGAGCUCCCCUGAGUUUGGUCCAAAGCCUGGCUGCAACCGGACUCAACAUGCUGAGUCAGAGUCAAACAACAAGCACAGUCUGCAACACAAAUAACAGGUCGUGUCCAGGAGCCGUCUUUCUCCUCCCUUUGUUAGACCUUCAUCUUUCCCAGCUCUGUUGCACGUUGGACUCGCGUCGCUCCUCCUCCUCCUCCACUGGCAUUCCUGGGUCAGAAUCGUCCACUAGCAGCUCAGUCCCAGCAGCCCCAGCCGUGUCUCCUGCGCUGGGGAGAGUGGACGAGGCUGGUGUCACAGGCUUCACUGUGGAGGACGUUGGCUUGAUUGCACUCAAGCUUCUUUACCUACUUUUGUCCAGAAGUGACGAGGUGGUUAAAGCGGUGUUGUUGAAGACGAACCAGACAACAGGCAAGGAUGAUCACUAUGAAGCAAACGUGGGUCUUUGCUCCCAGAAUGCCUUGCUGGCAUCACUGCUCCGGUUGUGUGACGUACGUCUCAGCGGUAACGGCGCUCACAAAGAGAAGCUGGCCCUUAAUGCUUUGCAGACGGUGUGUGUCCUCGUAAAAAGGACGCCGCCCUCUCAUUGUGACAGGCUGCAGUGUGUGUUUCACAUGGUGUGUCUGUGUUUGUCACAAGACACCAGGGUGCAGACGGUUUCUGAGUGCGUCUCCGUUCUCACACACAUGUCCAACCAUCGGACGCUAGCCAAGGAGCUCUGCUCCCAGCACGAUGCUUGCAUUUUCCUGAAGUUGUUUCAUUUGAUCAGGACCAGACCAGACACCCAAGCAACACCUACAGACUUGGUUUUGUUGGACCUGCAGGUCGUGCAUUUGUUGUGCAGAGUAACUCAGAGGACCGAGGUCUGGACAAACAACCAGCAGAGCCCCUGCCAGUGUUACGCUGAGCUGGUUCAGGUAGUUGUGAUAAUUAUCCAUCGUCAGUGGCUGGCUCUUCGUGGCUCUCAAGAACAAACAUCGGCGUCCUGCUGGAGCAGCCCGGCCGUGUCGCUCCUCAGGAACUGUCUGGUGUUCCUGCACUGGCUGCUGCAGCAUCACAGGAGCUUCUCUGAAAGCUGCAGGCCGGUGCUGCACAUGUACGACCAGAUGAUCCCUGCAGUGCGAGAAACAUUGAGCAAGAUCCCUGAGCUGAGUGACAGUGAAGAGCUGGCCUUGGAGGAGAUCUGCCGCUCUGAGGGCGAUGACACCGACGACAUGGACACGGACACCGCCUCCUAACCCGCUGCUGUGCUGCUGAGUCCAUCCGUGACUCCUGUAACAAAUGUGAAGGACUGCUUCCAGACUGACGAGAGAAUUCAGAUUUAUGAUUAGGUCAGAAGUCUUUCUGGUAAACACUCAUCUGACGUGAACAUUUGACAGAAACUAUGGAUCGGAGCUGAGCUUUGACCGAAGUAUCAGACUGGGACAAAGGAAUCAUUCUGGUUUUUGAUUUAAUUAAAUAAAAAAAAUUAAAUGAUUGAACUGAAGCCUUAAGUAAGCAUUGCUACCUGUUUUUUUUUUGUUUUUGUGUCACAUGUGCUUCAGAGGUGAACCGGCUGUAAUAAUAAGUCCUCGCUCAUUCUUCUAACCAUAGGAAGGUUUAAAAACAGCGCACAACUUUUAAACCUAUCAACAAACAGAAAACUAAAAUGUUUAUUUGGAUUCUUCGACAAUUUAAUUGAAAAAAGAAACUUUAACCGACGCUGCUCGUCCCUUUGUUAUGAAUUACUGUUUAACUAUAUAUUUAUUAGAAAAUUGGAACUUUGUAGUAUAUUGUUAGCCAGUUUUCUUUUUCCCACACUUGUUCUCCCUUUCAGAAUAAAAUUGCUCUGCAAAUUAAGCCGUU